CUGAUCAUCUUGGAAGAAUGCGCGCGACGUUAGCAAGUCAAGAUACGGCUUUUGAUAGAGGGCGAUUGCAGUGAACGGCAGCGCAGAUACUCACCGCAUCCAGCUCGUCCCUCGUCGCUCAAGCGGAACAAGGUCGCGUUUAAAUUCUUUCUGCAACUCCAAUCUAGCAUAGCAACCGUGGCUCCAAACCUACCUAACCAUGAUGCGGGGCAGACGCUCCUUGGCAAGCGUAGUUAUGACCCAAUUGUUGGAAGCCCUUCGACCUAUUUAAGCCGCGUCUUUCCUCGUCUUCUAUUGAAAACUCCACCACGGCUGUCGAAAAGCAAUGCAGUAGAGUUGAUGGGCAGCCAUCCACCGAAUCACGAAGACCCUUUCCAUGGCGAUGCUGCUGCUGCCGAAGCAGCACCCGAACGCAAACGCCAGAAGCGAGCAGAGCUGACGCAGAGGACUGGGGAAGACCUGGACGAGACGCAGCCCGACUGGUGGAAGCCCCAGCCGCACGCGACACUAGACCCCGGGGAGGCCCAGGACCGCCCAGCCGCCCCGCUGACCGCCUGCCUGUGCUGCUGCCUGUGCCACCGACUGCUGCGAGAGGCCAUCACUGCGCCCGAGUGCGGCCACUCCUAUUGUUACGACUGUAUAGAGGCGGCGGUGGAGAUCGGCGGCAAUCACAACGUGUGUCCGGCACCCGUCAACCCGGGCAGCGGCGGGAGCGGCGACAGCAGCGGCCGCACCUCUGGGAUAUGUGGUGCGGGAGGUGGAGGUGCAGGUGGGGGUGUGUGCGGCGCCAUCCUGGGUCCCAGCCCCUUCGACCACCACCGACUGGUGUACGACAGCUUGCUUGACGGACUUGUACGGAAGGUCUUCCCUCGCCCAGCCCUGGACGCCGCACUCGCCGCCCGGCGGUCGGAGCGGGAGGAGGCCACUCGGAGGGCCCGGGAGCAGCUGAACGGAUGAGGCGGGGGCGGGCAGGGAGGAGGGGGAGUGGGGGAGGGGAAUGCAGCCGGAUUAGGGCUGAGAAGGGGAAAAGGGAGGCGGGUGCAUGUGCUAGAAGGAAGGCUGUUCCCCUGCUGAGCUGUCCGCCGGGUACCCUGGGGAAGCCAGUUGAUGGAGUCGGGUCGACCAUGGUUGAAGCUGGUUGAUGAGUUCCUUGUUGCGCUUGGUGACGUACGUGGAUGGGAUUGAUUUGCUGAACGUUGGGUCGUGACAUUUGACAGUUGGAUUGGGGACCUGGGAACGCCUGCCGUGACAACUACAGCAGCACGACGACUGAAGGAAGGAAGAAGGGCGCUGCUUGCAGGGCACUGCUGCAGUACGCCGGUUGGGGUGCAUUUCGCGAGGUGUGCUGCUGUGGGUACACCCCAGCAAGGGACAGCCAGGGACGGAGGCAACUGAA